ACCAAGAAAGUCGCCUACGGGGUUCAUUAUGAUUACAAUCAAAGGGCGCAGGCUAGUCUCUGAGCCCCGUAGCAUCACAACUACGGAGGCGCAGUCCUCAGGUGCACAAGUUAUACAGCAACAGUGCAUCGUGUACAUGCAAGAUGUUGCAUUACUUUCAGACGUGAGGAUCUGUGUAGUAUGUAAUAACCCUGCUCAUGGUAGCUGUAGUAAUGAGAAGUUUGAUAGAACAAUUGGAGUGUCUCAAUUUACCUGCAACAUAUGUCUAAACUGUAUAUUUUGUAAUCAACCAACGUCUGCUGCACAUGCAUGCGCGAUCUGCGAUCGAUCACAACAUUAGGUGUUCUACUAGUAAUCCACAACACGAAGGAUUUGGAGGGUUGGUUGUUUUCCAUGCUUGUGGGAGUUUGGAAGAAGGUGUCAGCAUUUUACAGCAAUGGGGUGUAUUGGCAACAGAGCAAACAGCAGAUACAACCAGCGCAAUAAUAGGUACGUGCACGUGCAUUCUGCGGCAUCUGAUUCAAGGGUAUACUUUCAAUCUACUUCGA